UGCCCAUCAGAGUGUAUUCAAACGGCGACUUGCGAGUGAUCCUAGCCAGUAUAUUAUUAUUCGUAGAGAUCGACAGUAAUAAUUCUGAUUUCGAUAUUUCGAUCGUGUGUGUGCCUUGUCUGCGCGAGUGUUGCGUGUGAACGCCACUGGAAAAAUACACGAAACGUUACGAUGUCGUCCAAAACGAUGUUUUACGCGUUUGCCGUUUUUGCAUUGGCCAUGGUUUGGUCAGCAGCAGCUCUGCCGUUAGACGUCGACGAUGUUACGUCGCCAGCUAACUUGAAGGAAAACUUCGACAUUGAAGCCACAUCGGCGGAGGUCCAGAAGAAGGAGACUGAGCAACAAACGAAGGGAACGGACGCGUCAGUUUUUCAAACGGACCGGGAUGAAUCAUUUCCGGAUGUUCAGCAGCCCAAUCAAUCGGAAGAAGUAACAGUUGGAUCAGAAAUUCCAGUGAUUGGAACCAAUACAGGUUCACCAGAAAUUUCUAAUGCCAAAUCCGAAUCCGAUGUUUCGACGACAGCCACCGCUGAACAAACAGAAAGCAUCACCGGAACAAACUCGCCUAGCCCCGUUCCCGAAACCAGCUCCCCCAGCUCCGUUCCCGAAACGUUCCCUUCCAAUUUCGACGCUAAACCCAGCUCAUCUGGCCCUGUCCACGGACAACCAUCCAGACCAUAUUACACGGGUGGCGUGCAUACUGUGAAAAUAGGACCUAGUAUUCCGUUCUUUUUGGAACUGAUACAGCCUUUCCAACCUUUCCAACCUUUCCAGCCUUUCCAGCCAUUCCAUCCUUACGCUUCCAACAAAGAUAAACCGUCUAGACACCAACCGAUACCUUUUGGUGCUCCCAUCGAUCCAUUCGCAAAUCCCAUUAAUGCCCAACCUUUCAACCAGAUGGUUGAAGCAUACACCAACGAGUUUAGAACGCCCGAAGUCAUAAUAUUAAAACCGAAAAGAAAUAUCCGACUUAAUACAACCGCAAUGCCACCCAUUCCGUUGCUAAUGAACAUCAUGCUUAAUGCUUUUCGGCAUCAUGAGCCGUCAGACAUGUUGGCAUCUUUUGACAAAAUGGGAAUUCCACCAAUGGAUAACUUGGGUGACGCUCAGGAAGGAUCAGACAAGCCCGUGAGGAAAACUACGUCCAAGACUGAGAUCAUUGAUGGACACAAAGUCCAAAUAAACGAAACGACAGUCACUAACGGAGAUGCAAAUCACAAGAGUUUCUACCAUUUCAAAGAAAUCCAAGUGUUGCCCGAAGAAACAAACAAAAAAAUCUCCAAUGAAAAACUGAUAUCGAUAACUAAUGAUGAUUCGGAGACAGAAAAAGUGGAGACGAACGAAAUCAAACCCAACCCGUCCGGUUCAAUUCAGGCUAAAGUUAACGAUGACCGGAAGAACUUUGUUAAAAAGUCAUCCGAGCCCAUAUCACUGGACGAUCACUUCCAGACCGCUGCAGCCACUUACUACGCACCAUACGCUCCAUUGUACGGGAUGCGUCAGCCGCCGACCGGCCAUUUGCAGCAGAAACAGUACCACGGAUCAUAUCCGACACCGAACCAAGGAUUUUAUCCGGCACCCAACCAAGGAUUUUACCCGACACCCAAUCAAGGGUUUUAUCCAUCUCCGAAUCAAGGAUUUUAUCCGGCCCAGAACCAAGGAUUUUACCCUGCCCAGAACCAAGGAUUUUACCCGGCCCAGAAUCAAGGAUUUUAUCCGGCCCAGAACCAAGUAUUUUACCCGGCCCAAAAUCAAGGAUCUCAUCCGUCUCAUCCAUCCCCAGACCAUGGAUAUCAUCCGUCUCAUCCAUCCCCAGUCCACGGAUCUCGUCCGUCUCAUCCACCUAUCAGCUUGCACAGCGAUACCUUGGUUAACGAGAUUGCCGCUGCUCAACAGCAGUCGUCCGGCGGCGUAGUGUUACCGCCCGACGUGGAGCUUGUGGAUGUGAACGGAAAAGUGCAACCCGGAGGUCAGUAUAACCACUACAGCAGCAACAACAUCAUCAACGACAACGGCCAUAGUGAUCAUAAAAAGUUUCCUGGCCAUAAGUACAGACAACAGGGGCGUCCGAUUUAACCCGCGGUUGGCGUACUACUACGACUAGGUACUUAAAGAGUGAAGACGCGUAAAAUAAUAAUUUAUUGUAUCGAAUUGUGUAUACGUACUAUAAAGUAGUACCUGUGUACCGCUGCAUCGAAUCAUUUUAUCGUUAUACAUUCAUAAUAAAUUUAAAAUAUUUUACACGAUACCUAUAUAACAUAAUAUUAUUUUGUAUAGACGUUCUUCUCGUGUAUUGCGUAAAUACGAAAUCAUUAUUGUCAUUUUGUAUCGUUUAAUAUCAGUUAUUCAUUGAGAAUAUAUUUUUUAUUGUUUUGUAUAUACUUUUAUACACACACACACACACGUAUAUAUAAUAUUAUUUCCUUUAUUAUAAGUACUUAUAAAAUAUAAAUAUUACCGUGCUUUUUACGUUUUUACCCGCUAUACAGAACGCUCCGUUGAGUGUCGUUGCGGUCGCUCUCUCUCUAUAAUAUUAUUUGUGUACUAGCAGCUUAUUAUACCUGCAACACAUAAAUAAUAAAUAAUCUCAUUGUUCUCGCAAUACUCACAUUUAAUUCAUGAAUACAUUAUUUUCACACGUAAACAGAAAUUUGUUACAAGUGGAUUUUAAAAUACGAAAAUAUACCUAUAUAUAUAUAAUAUUAAAAAAAAAUAUUACACAAUAUUGUUCUCAAUCUAGACGCCAUUUACUGAUAGAUUUUUCAAGAAG